UCUUUACUUAAACUUCAUACAAACCCAUAAACCACAUAUACUUUUUAGAGUGAGAAACGUAUCCUUGUAGAGAGAGAAACGGAAACAAUGGAGAAACACAACUGCAAGCUCUGCUUAAAGAGCUUUGCAAAUGGAAGAGCUUUGGGCGGCCAUAUGAGAUCUCACAUGCUCAAUCUUUACGUAACUCCCAAACCACCACUACCCUCCUCGCCGCCAUCUUCAUCGACGGAGGAAGAUGAGGACGACGGGGAUGACAAUCUUUAUGGGUUGAGGGAGAAUCCUAAGAAGAGUUUGCAGUUAGGCGAUCCAGAUUUUGCAUUCCCCGGAGCACUUACAGUUACACUCACCACCACCGCCGCAGGCGGUGGCGGUGUAGUUGGUGGUAGUUCAGUGGUUCUGCAGGACAGGGAGAGCGAAACGGAGACUUCAAAAAAAGCAAUUGUCCGAAGACGAUCAAAACGGAUUCGAAGACAGGAGACUUCAUGGUUGGGUGAUCAACAGCAUUUUCAUGAACUUACUCGUAACAAAAAUCAGAAUCAAUGGCAAUAUCUGAAGAAAUCAAAGAUCUUUAAACCGUGUCCGAAGACAGCUGAAUCGUCAACCCCGGAGCCGGUAAGUUCAAUCUCCGAUACUUCACCGGAAGAAGAUGUAGCCUACUGUUUAAUGAUGUUAUCAAGAGAUAAAUGGUCAGAUGAAGAAGAAGAUCGAGAACAUGAAGAAUCAGACAAUGAAUCGGAAUCCGAUAGAGAGAUUAUUAACGUGAAACGAACUCCGACGAGGACGAAGUACAGAUGCGAGACAUGUAACAAAGUUUUCCGAUCGUAUCAAGCACUUGGUGGGCACAGAGCAAGUCAUAAAAAAAUCAAACAGAGUCAUCAUGACAACAUUCAUCAAACACAAAAUGUCGCCAUGGAAGAUAAAAUCCAUGAAUGCCCUGUGUGUUUCAAAGUGUUUGCUUCCGGCCAAGCUCUCGGCGGUCACAAAAGAUCACAUGUUACAGCUUCAUCUGCUUCCAUGGCUGCCGCUAAACCAGUUGCAAAACAGAGCAUUAAUCUGAUUGAUCUUAAUCUCCCUGCUCCAAUUGAUGAAGAAGAUGAUGAAAUGAGUCAAAUUGAGGUCUCUGUGGUUUCCGAUGGUGAAUUUGUCAUAACCCAUUAAUGGAAAUAUCGCAUUAAAGAAUAACCUUUAUAUCGAAUCUUGUACGUUACGAAUUGGAACUUGUACAUUUCACUGGUUUUGUCUUGAGAACAUUGCAUGUUUGACCAAGAGUUAAGUUGCACCCCAACGUCAACAUCGUGGGUUUCUUUAGCUGUUUGUACUGUACAACAUGUAUAUGCAUGUAAAGAUUUUGGACCAAAAGGUUAAAGUUCAAGUUGUUUCA